CACGAGGGUGAGUAAUAAAUGACAUUAUUUUCAUUUUUGGGUGAACUAGCCCUUUAAACAUAUAAACAAUAAAUUAAUUUGCAAGAAAACUAGUACACUGCUCUUUAAAACUGCAAUUUGUUUCUACAGUGAAAAUACUAUUUGAUUUUUAAAAUAAUGCUUUAUUUAAUAUUUUUUAUUAGCGAUGCACCUAUUUUGAUUUUUCAUGGCCAAUUCCAAUUUUUUAGAAGCAAAUUGGCCGAUUCUGAUACUGGUUGCAGAUUUUUUUUUAAAGCAAAUUUAUUUGUUGUUUAUAUGUUCAAAAACAUAUGUGUAGCUCUUUGGUAUUAGAUGCAAACACUGCAUUUUUAUCACAAUCCCAACAAAGAUGUUAUGCACAUGAGCAUGAGCAGUUGUUUUUAAUUUAAAUCAUUGUAUAAUUUCAAGAUUAAACGCAAAAACAGCGUGGUCUGACUUUAGCUUUGUGAAAUUAUGUGACAUAAGACACUUGCACAAAACAAAAUCAGCAGACGGACUGAAUGAAAAUGCAAAUUAACUCUCUAACAGUAGGUGGCGCUUAUGGAACAGCAGUGAUAUAGCGUUUCCAUGGUUACCGCUAUACACAAAGCUGCAUUUAUAAAUAGGCUAUUACUUUAUAACCUGUAAGUUGAUAAAAACAUAACUCACUUACUGCCUCAGAUGCGGCAGUUAAUGACGGACAAAGCAUUUUACUCUGACAUUCUCCGAAAUUCGCUGGUCAGAAACCUCCAUUUGAGCUUGGUUUUGGUAAAAUGUUAAUAAUAUAGUGACAAUAUAGUCAUAUAUAAAUUAAAUCAUUCAUGUAGGUUAUUUCUUAUUUGCUGUUUUGUAACUUUGAACUUAAACCUUAGCUGCGUUUUUUUCUGAUAAUUUGGAUAAUGGAUAAUUUCUGAUAAUGCAGUUUUCAUACUCGAUGCUAUUAUACGAUUGGCCCACCCAGUUUUUCUAAAGGCCCACCCGUUUGAACAUUUCUAGCCUCCCCUGUCCACAAGUAAAUAUAAUUGUAGUGUGACUAAAGAGGUGUCAAAGACUAACAAAAUAACAGAGUUAAGUGUCAUAUUUAGACAGCAGCUGACUUUACAUCCAAUAAAAUCACCAGAACAGCAGUUAGAGCAAAAAUGAUGAAAAAGGGAAGGGAAGUUAAUGAAGAGAAAGAUCCUGCAGGUCACUUUACAGAAGCAGAGGAAACAUACAGGGAAAACACAUAAUGAAUAUCCUAAUGGAAUUCCAUUCCAACAAAUUAAAUGUCAAAAGAGUAAACACAACUUCAAGCCAACUUAGAAUGCUUAAUUAUACUUUUAAGUAUAUCUCGAUCAAAAGACUGAGUUCAAGUAUAGGCCAAAUACGUCUGUUAGUACAAGGCAAGUAUACUUAAAGUGCCCCUAUGUGCCUUUUUAAAUGUUCCUAAUAUUGUUUUGGGAGUCUCCUACAACAGGUUUACAUGCAUGCAAGGUCAAAAAACACUUUUGUUUUCUCAUAAUAUACAUUUAAUUUCACCUCAGUUCUCAAUAAUUGGUAAACGAUUCGUUAGAAGCAGUUUGAAGAAUCAGUCUCUCUAAACCCCUCCUUUUCAUGAGCCUACACUGCUCUGAUUGGUCAGAUGGCCCAAUCCUUUGUGAUUGGUCAACUGCGUGCACUGCACGCCCAUUGCCAUGACUGAAUGACAGCUAUCAAUUCGCAAGACAUUGUAUACAAUGUAUGGACAGAAAAGAUCGAUUUUACCAUAUCAAUUCGAGCCCGAGUCCGACAAUGAAAUGUCUGAAGUAGUCGAUCAACCAGAAACUGAUUCGCAAUCCGAUUUUCUAUAAGUGUCACCUUAGUUUGUGUUAUUUUAAGACGUGAUAGCAGCGUCACUGUUAAACUUUAUGUAGGUGCACCUGUGGGAACUGUAUCAGAAUGCCAAGCGAAGCUGAAAACCUCUAACAGAAGAUAAACAUUUAGGCCAGGUGUGUACACACUUUUUUGUCAGAACCAUUAACAAAAUAAAAAUGGGCUAUAUCAUUGUUUGACAUUACAAUGAGUGUUUACAGUUUACAGAGAGAAAACUUCAACUAGCAUCUUAACAUCCUAUUACAAUACAGAUAGAGCUCCACUCUACUGUAAUAAUAAAAAUGCAGAGGAAAAAAACAGUUUGUUUUACAGUUAUGUAAGCGAACUGGGCCCACAGUUAUGUUGUAAACUCACACGUUAGCCGAGCACAAACGUGAAUAGCUGAUAAUGCAUUACACUUUGUAAACAAAAGUCCUCCAUCCUUGAUCAUUACUCCAAGUAAUAAGACAAGCUGCAUUAAUCGACACAUAUUUAGACAAUAUUGGACCCACAUCUGAAUAACAGAAAUACAGACGUGAGUUAGCUGGUUAGCAGGAGACAUACAGACUAGGGUGUACGUUACACAACAUAACAUACAAAACUAUGAAUUUUAAACGAUUGCUAGAAAAUAUAAACAUCAAUUAUUAAUCAUACUUACAGGUUGAGAUUCAGAGGAGCAAGCUGGUCCAAAUAUUUUAAGACCAACCGUUUUGUGAAUCCUGCGUUAAACUCCUCGAGGUUUGAGAUGCAGUCGUCAGUAAAAUGAUGGGAACACAACAAAAGAUUGUACUGCUGUGGUAUUGUUGAAAAAAUGAAUUUUCCCUGGCGUCUGCGCGCGCAAUAAAUGGGUGGGGAAUAUGCUAAUGUUUCAUUGUGACGUCACAACGAAACGGAUUCGUUUCUACAAACAACUCGUUUAAUUAAAGAGUCGACUCUUACUUUUGAGAGACAAUAACUUUAUAUACGGUGCACUUUCAGAUUUAAAACUUUGCAGGAUGUUUUCAAUCACUUAGAGCUAUGUUACACACUACAUGAAAGGUCAUUUACAAAAAUCCAUAAUAGGGGCACUUUAAGAGUCAUUUUAUAAUUCUGUGAAGUACAUAAAAAGUAGACUGAAUACUGUAUACUAAUAGCACACUUGAAUAAACUUCUUUUUCAUAAGGGCAGUGCAAAAAGCCCAAUAAACCUCAAGCAAGUAAAAGCAUAGAUAUCUAUUUUGUGUACAGUUUUGUUUUUGUGUUCAUUUAAAAGUUAUUUUUUUGGAGUUAUAAAUAAAACAAAGAUUAUUGGGGUAUGUUUUACAAGAAAAUACUAUUUCAGGUUUUCUACUUUCAGUAGCUAUUUACUAUUUCUUGGUGAAAAUUGUUUCUACACCAUUUUUUUAGUUAUAUCUUCAGCUAUUGCUGAUUUUCCUUUAGGUAUUUUGCAUUAUUUUUUAAAACAUUUGUGUCUGAUUUUCUUUGGCUGCACAUUUAUGCAUUUGUUCUCUGACUUUAUUCACUUAACAAUUGGAUCGUUCACAGAUGAAGGUGAACCGUCCACAGGCUCCAAUGAGAAGUUAAGAUUGAUGGUGCUUGGAGGUGAUGAUGCUCUUCUGGAUGAAGCAUGUGCCACAAUCCUUGGGGAAAGACAGAACAGGGAUGUAUUUAAAUUUGGAAUAUUGGAGCCCAGGAAGGCUCAUAUUUGUGGACGAAAGGUUUCUGUAUUAAAAACUCCAUUCGCAUGGCUAGAACACUUGAAAUCAUUCCUGUUUUUCAGCAGGCGAGUCAAAGCUAUCAGAGAUGAAAUGGAGUCACACGAGUCUAUGUUGUUUCCUGGGCCUCAUGCAUUUCUGGUCGUACAGACAGACGUGAAAAACUCUGGUAGAGAGGAUUAUCUUUUACGAGCUCUCAGUGAUGUGUUCGGGAAGGAGGUCUUAGACUACUGUAUGGUGUUAUUUAUAGAUGAUACUCCUGACAAUGAUCCAGAACAGAACUCAUGUGUGAAGAUGUGUGGAGGCAGAUACCACAUUUUAGAGAACAUCAACGAGAGUGUUAAUGAAUUGUUUGUAAAAAUAGAGUCAAUGACAGAGAGUAAAGACAGCAGUUUUUUCACAACACAUCUGGAGUGUUUCAGAAAAGCUAGCAAUUAUUUUCAGGAAGAGUACAAGGAAAAGGAAAAUAAACUAAGAAAAGAGUUGAAUGAUUCUAAAGGCAGAGAGGAUCAGUUAAGCAUUGAGUUGAAUGAUUCAAAAAAGAAAGUGAAUCUGUUAUUCAAAGACUUGAAUGAUUCAAAAGGCAGAGAGAAUCAGUUUAAAAAAGCACUGGAUGAUUUCCAAUUCAGGGAGAAUCAGUUUGUAAAAGUGUGGAAUGAUUUCCAAGUCAGGGAGAAUCAGUUUAAAAAAGAGUUGGAUGAUUUCCAAGUAAGAGAGAAUAAGUUUAAAGAAGAGUUGAAUGAUUUCCAAUUCAGGGAGAAUCAGUUUGAAAAAGUGUGGAAUGAUUUCCAAGUCAGAGAGAAUCAGUUUAAAAAAGCACUGGAUGAUUUCCAAUUCAGGGAGAAUCAGUUUGAAAAAGUGUGGAAUGAUUUCCAAGUCAGAGAGAAUCAGUUUAAAAAAGCACUGGAUGAUUUCCAAUUCAGGGAGAAUCAGUUUGUAAAAGUGUGGAAUGAUUUCCAAGUCAGGGAGAAUCAGUUUAAAAAAGAGUUGGAUGAUUUCCAAGUAAGAGAGAAUAAGUUUAAAGAAGAGUUGGAUGAUUUACAAGUCAGGGAGAAUCAGUUUAAAAAAGAGUUAAAUGAUUUCCAAGUCAGGGAGAAUCAGUUUAAAAAAGUGUUGGAUGAUUUCCCAAUCAAAGGGAAUCCGUUUAAAAAAGUGUUGGAUGAUUUCCCAAUCAAAGGGAAUCCGUUUAAAAAAGCGUUUGAUGUUUUUAAAGAACUGUUAAGCAAAGAGUUGAAUGAUUCAAAAGAGAAAGAGAAUCAGUUAAGCAGAGAGUUGAAUGAUUCAAAAGGCAGAGAGAAUCAGUUAAAAAAAGAGUUGAAUGAUUUUAAAGACAGAGAGAAUCAGUUAAGCAAAGAGUUGAAUGAUUCAAAAGGCAGAGAGAAUCAGUUAAGCAAAGAGUUGAAUGAUUCUAAAGAUAAAGAGAAUCAGUUAAGCAAAGAGUUGAAUGAUUCCAAAAAGAAAGAGAAUCAGUUAAGCAAAGAGUUGAAUGAUUCAAAAGAGAAAGAGAAUCAGUUAAGCAAAGAGUUGAAUGAUUCAAAAGAGAAAGAGAGUCAGUUAAGCAAAGAGUUGAAUGAUUCAAAAGAGAAAGAGAAUCAGUUAAGCAAAGAGUUGAAUGAUUCAAAAGAGAAAGAGAAUCAGUUAAGCAAAGAGUUGAAUGAUUCUAAAGAUAAAGAGAAUCAGUUAAGCAAAGAGUUGAAUGAUUCCAAAAAGAAAGAGAAUCAGUUAAGCAAAGAGUUGAAUGAUUCAAAAGAGAAAGAGAAUCAGUUAAGCAAAGAGUUGAAUGAUUCAAAAGAGAAAGAGAGUCAGUUAAGCAAAGAGUUGAAUGAUUCAAAAGAGAAAGAGAAUCAGUUAAGCAAAGAGUUGAAUGAUUCAAAAGAGAAAGAGAAUCAGUUAAGCAAAGAGUUGAAUGAUUCAAAGGAGAAAGAGAAUCAGUUAAGCAAAGAGUUGAAUGAUUCAAAGGAGAAAGAGAAUCAGUUAAGCAAAGAGUUGAAUGAUUCAAAAGAGAAAGAGAAUCAGUUAAGCAAAGAGUUGAAAGAUUCAAAACGGAAAGAGAAUCAGAUGAGGGAAGAGUUCUGCACUUCCAUUCAUCAUGAGAAGCAACUGAAUGAAGAGCUGAUCAUUUACAAAGAUAAAGAGAAAGACAAAGAGAAAUGUCAAAGAAAAGUGGAACAGCUCAAUGAGAAGGAAAAACAACUACAAAAUAAUCUAACUGAAGCAAAAGUUAAGGAAGCGUUUCUGCUUACAAAGUUACAGUCAGAAAGUAAUAUAAUACAGAGAGAGGAAGAAGUACAAACCAAAGAAAAUGAGCUAAAUGAAAGAGAGAGAGAACUGGAUGAAAGACAGAAGGAGCUGGAGAUCAGAGAGAGAGAAGUGACACAGAGAGAUGUGAGAUCCAGAGAACAUCAUCAGACCACAGCAGAUCCUCCUCCUGCUGAACGUGAAGGAGAGCUGAAGAGCAGAGAUGAUUCACAAACCAGUGGAUCUCUUGGGAUCCAGAAACCUGUGAGACGAAACACCCGAUAGUCAACAUUGAUGACUAUAUAAUCUCUGGAUGGGAUGUGAUUGAGGAUAGCAUGUACUCAACCCGAUCAACGGCGUGAAUGUGUCCGUUUUCCAGACCUUUUCUCCUUCCUUUUCCUUUGGUUGUUAAUAUAUUCCAGUAUAUUCCAGUUUCCGAGGAGCAGCACUUUUCUGGAUCUCUCUUCUCCUGACUCAGAUGAUAGUGACUGAAUUGUAUGAAAAUCUGAAACUGUUGUGUAUCUCCUGAAAGAAUCUCUAGAACGUGAUGAUAACAGACAGCUGUAUUUCCAAAGUUUGUUGAUAACAGGAAUCAUUGUAGGGGACGGAUGCUCUUUCUUUUGCAUUUCUUUUUCUCCUGUGUAUGAGCAGUGAGGAAGGUAAGACUGUGUUGUUCAUUUCUAUUUUCUUUUCUAGGUAAGAAUUAGCAUCUAAGUUAGUUGGUUUUGUUUUUUAUUUUGAGCAUGCUCCCUUCCUGAAGCCAUUUUGAUUAUAUUAAUAAACCUUUUCACUUGUGUGUUGUGCUUCAGUCACUUGGAAACAGGAAUGAUGUGAUGAAGACCAAGUUUCAUAUCUGCACAAACCUCUAUGAUGUUCAUAACAAUUUAAUUUUUGUGUCACUUCCUCUCGGUAGAUGAUGUUGUGGCGUCUGACAGCAUGUGUGUAGAAAGAUGGGAAAUGCUUUAGAUUACAGCCCGGAAAGUAGUCCGUAAGUAAAAAGAAAUGUACAGUGUACCUUUCCUUUAAUUAUACCUUUAAUUACAGUGUACCUAUUGUAUUAAAGAUUAUUUUGUCUUUAUUUGGAAGUUUAUUUUUUGUCACUGUUUCAUAAAAUUAUUUUGUUUAUUUUCUUAAUAUGCCCCAACCUUUCUUGUUCGAUCCUUGCUCCUCCCUAAUUAGUUGCUCACUGACUAGUAUACGCCCUCUGUUAAUUAGCCAAUCACUGAAGCCAUAUACUAAUGAGUCCUGAUUUAUAAAUGCCUGCAGUGAUGCAUGAUAAACUGAGUGUCUUUGGAGCUGCCUGAUGCUUGUAAUGUGUGUGCAUAUUCAUGAGCAAUGUAAGUUUGUUUCUUUUGGGUUUUAUAUAUAGUAUUUUUGAUUGUUAAUUUGUGUGUGGCUGGUUUUGAUUUAAGUGUUUGUAUUUCUGUUUUUGUUUAGACACCACACCCACACCCUCAUAUGAUGUGCUCCCUGCUCAUCUUUGUUCUGUCUGCUCCAAUGGAUCAAUAAAAGUGGUCAUAUGGAACUGUA